AUGGCGGGGGCACCUUCGCCCUACCCGGACUUCGGCGGCUACCACGUGGGCGCGCCCGGCGCCCCCGGCCCCGCCUGGCCCGGGCCCUUGGGCGCGCCCCUCCGCGACGACUGGGGCGGCUACGCCCCCUUCGGAGGCCCCGCCGACUACCCCGCGGCCCCCGGCCUGCUGACCCCCGCCCAGGACCGGCAGCUCCCCCCCGCCGGAGGAGGACCCCCGCCCGCCCCGCCGGACUGGAGCCGCAAACCUCCGCAGCCCCCCACGGCGGGACCCGCGAAAGGACCGGUCGUGGCCCAGCCCCUUCCUCUGGUGGGAUCCGAGGCUGCGGUUAAAACCCGGACUAAAGACAAAUACAGAGUCGUGUACACGGACCGCCAGCGUCUGGAGCUGGAGAAGGAGUUUCAUUUCAGUCGCUAUAUCACUAUCCGCAGGAAGGCCGAACUGGCGGUUCUGCUGGGCCUCUCCGAAAGGCAGGUAAAAAUCUGGUUUCAGAACCGCCGGGCCAAGGAGAGGAAGAUGAACAAGAAGAAGUUGCAGCAACUGCAGCAGCCACAAGCACAGUCACAGCCAGAUGCCAUGUCCAGCAUCCCAGAGCCCCUGAGCCCAGUGUCCUCCCUGCAAGGCUCGGGGCCUGGGCCACUCGGGGUGCUAGGCCCCUCUGUCACCCAGUGA